GGGGGAGAAGUUUGGGAUAUGGGGGGCGGUUCACAUCUGCUCCCCCUCAGUAACCACCGAAGUGCCUCGGCCAUGGGGUAAAUCGGAUCCUAGGGGGUGUCUGCGCAGCCUUAAGGGCAGGAAUCCACGGCGGGGGACGGGACAUCGGCAUCUCCCACCCCCCGCAGCAUUUUCYCACUGGAAGCUCCAAUUUCAAAGCACCGGGAGAGGCGGGCGAGACCCCCCGCAAGCCCCCGCGCACGGCGGCCRCAAGCGCAGCGAGCUGAGCAGUCCGCAUCCUUCUCCCCAGGCCGGCUGGGGCGGGGGGUUUACUGCGUGUGCCCCGCAAAGCUCCUCUCCCUCUCUGUUUCUGUUUCAAUUUUAUCCCGCCUUUUUUUUUGUGCCUCCUUUUCCCUAUUUGCGCCGGGGCAGCACCAUCACGUGAGGCGGGCCGGGCUGGACGCGGCUCCUUGGGGCGCGCCGGUGCCGGGGGGCGCCGGACACGCACCCUGAGCCCGACCUUUGCCCCACAUCCCUGCCCCAAAUUGGGGACUGGAUCGGGGCGUGUGUUGGUUUGCAGGAGGCGGCGCUGGCUCACUCUCGCUCCCCCCGGAUUUUUUUCCCUGCGGUUGUUGGGGGUUGGGGGAGGUGGAGCCUGGGGCCGCCCCCGUGGGCAGGUGCCGGAUGGCGGCGGGAGCCCUGACCCCCGGCACUUCCAACUCGGCGCAGGAAUUCCCGGGCUCCCCCGCCAACAGCCCCCCGGCCGGAGGGGUGCCCCCGGCCAUCGACCUGGUGCUGGGAGCCACGGCCGGCUGCUUGGCCUGCUUCCUCACCAACCCGCUGGAGGUGGUGAAGACGCGGCUGCAGCUGCAGGGCGAGCUGCAGCCCCCGGGCACGUACCCGCGGCCCUACCGCGGGGUGCUGCGGGCGGCCGUGGCCGUGUGCCGGGCGGACGGGCUCUGGGGUCUGCAGAAAGGGCUGGCGGCCGGGCUGCUCUACCAGGGGCUCAUGAACGGCGUCCGUUUCUACUGCUACUCCCACGCCGAGGACGCUGGCUGGACCGAGUAUCCCGGCGGGACCGUGGCCGCUGGGGCCUUGGCCGGGGCGGUGGGAGCCAUUGUGGGCAGCCCCGCGUACCUGGUCAAGACCCACCUCCAAGCCCAGACACUUUCAGCCAUGGCCGUGGGCCACCAGCACAACCAUGAGAGCAUCUCUGGUGCUUUCAAGAGCAUCUACCAGCAGCACGGGGUGGYGGGGCUGUGGCGGGGGGUGACGGGCGCCGUGCCCCGCGUGGCCGUGGGCUCUGCUGUGCAGCUCGCCACCUUCGCCUCUGCCAAGGACUGGGUCUGUGAGCACCAGUGGUUCAGCAAGGGCAGCUGGGCGGCCGUGCUGGCGGGGGGCAUGGUGAGCGGUGUGGCCGUGGCUGUGACAAUGACACCUUUUGACGUGAUCAGCACCCGUCUCUACAACCAGCCAGUGGAUGCUGACGGCACGGGCAAGCUCUACCGGGGUUUUUUGGAUUGUAUCCUGCAAAUAUCCAGCAGAGAGGGGCUGCUGGGCUUAUACAAGGGCAUCGGCGCUGUCUACCUCCGCCUUGGCCCCCACACCGUCCUCAGCCUCUUCUUUUGGGACAAGCUCAGGAACAUGGUGCAGCACCAGCAGCCCCCAGGGCUGUAGGACAAACUCCUGCCAUUACCACCGAUGUUAAUAAAGAGGUUUUUCUAUSUUGGGCGUCA